GACACACACACACACACACACUGCUCAUCAUCAGCAGAAGUUUUAAAGCGUCUGUCGUCUCAGUAGCGUUGAACGCGCCAUUCCGUUAACAUGUUCGGUGAUAGCGCUGUUGGGAAGUUUAUUUAUGUAUUUAUAAGAUAUUUAAAGCUCCUGUGUUCCACCGACGUCUAAAACUCUUGUGUGUGUGUUUUAAAAAUCCUAAAAACUUUAGACUUUAGUGUUUUACUCCAGAAUUUAAAAAAAAACUAAAUUUCUUCGGCCCACCACUCUUCCGCUUCUCUAGAAAAAAAAAACUUUCUCCUGAACCCUUGUUUUUUUCCUUCAAAAGCCUUUUGGGUGUUUUCCCUCCACUGAGGAAUCUAUAAAAAUUGCAUAUUCCAAAAGAAAAGAAAAAAAAAACUGAACUCGACAAGAUAUAUGGAAUAAGAUUUUGUGCAGAGACCCGUUUUUUGUGAGUGUGUGUUUGGAAGUAAUACAGAAAGUCAUAAGGAAAGGUUUAUGUUUUUUGUUUGACCGGAAAAACACUCUUUAUGUAAAUUGAGAUAAUCCCGUGCUCUGAUACUUGUGAGUAUAGGUUAGAAUAUUUGGAGAUUCAUAAGAGUGCUUCCAGAUCAUUCCAGACCUUGUGGUGCUUCUGGAAAAAGGAUUAAAAGUAAAGAGAACAUCUUGGAGGUCUACAAUAAGGCUUCCAGAAUUUUCCAGACCUUGUGGUGCUUCUGGAAAAAGGAUUAAAAGUAAAGAGAACCUCUUGGAGGUUUACAAGAAGACAUCCAAAAUCUUCCAGCCCUUGUGGCACUUCUGGAAAAAGAAUAAGAAGUAAAGAGAACCUCUUGGGGUUUACAAGAAAGCUUCCAGAAUCUUCCAGACCUUGUGAUACUUUUGGAAGAAGGAUUAGAGGCACAAGAGAAACCUCUCGUUCAAGUAGUUGAUUGCAUAUAGACACUAGACGCCUAUAAUGGCCGGCAUAGGAGGAGAGGCAUGGUCCUGUGGAAAGCCCGUCUUCUACAACGUCUGCAUCUCCCUAAGUAACAUGUCUGGCCCUGUCAUCCAGGGGGAGACCGCCCCCAGUCCAGUGGCUCCAGAAUCUCACGCUCACCCAGGGGCGUUCCCCACUCAGUCGCCCCCCGUCAUGAAGCAACCAAUGUCCCUUCCAGCCCGGGCCACCGCAUUCCAGGAGGAGAUGCCCCUGAAUGAGCGCGUGUGCUGCCUCUGCAGCAACGUCCUGGGCCAAGAGGCGCCCAAAGUCGACCGUCGCGGUAACGCCUGCAGAUGUGGGAGUCUGUCUCCUUCGGCGGCAGCUCCCGGCCCUCACCGACUCGUAGGGGGGGAGCUCAAACCCGUCCACAAGACGGUCAUUACCUUCAGUGGCGUCGACGACUGCGACGGAGAAGGAGCGGGCACCUCCUCCCGUCAGGAUGGGAAGGCCAAGAGGAAGACCUCCGGAUCGAAGCCUACCCGACGCUACAGCACCAUCGUCAGCCUGGACGCCGGAGGGCGGACCAUGUGCACCACCCGAGCCCAGGAUGGGUGCCCAGGGCAAGGGCAGGGCGGCGAUGAGGAGGACGCGGACUCGUCGCUCCUGAGGAAGAUCAGCCACACGAGCGACUACUCCUUCAGCUCGGAGUCCUCCUUGAGCUCCACCUCUCCCACGCCCUCUCCCCGGACGUCCCUCGACCACGGGCAGGACUCGGACUAUUUCGGGUCUUCCUCGGAGGAUGAAGGGACGGGCAGCGAGGAUGAGGAAGAGGCGGAAGAGGAGGAGGGGGAGGAGGAGGAGGAAGAGGACAUUAAGGAGACCCUCAGGGCAGCCAUGGAGAGGUUCCAGGAAGGCUCUGGGAACCUCAGAGGCGCCCUGGGCAUGCGCCAGGGCAGAUGGCGAAGGAGGGCAGAUAUGAAGGAGUAUGACCUGGAGCAGCGCAUCGCCCUCGAGAUCAAGAUGCGGGAAGGAACCACCAAAUUGCUGGCGGCCUGCGGCGCCCAGGGUCCCCGAUCCAACCAGCCCCACACUCUGGAGGCGGCCAAGAACCUCCUCACUUCCAACGAGCGGAUGACGGCCUACAUGGCCGAGCUGCAGAGGAGGAAGACUACCACCAGUUGCCAGGAAGGGGCACAACCGUCACUAGCAAGAGUGUGUCUGUCGGAUCUCCGAAUGCCACUCAUAUGGAAAGACAGCGACCACUUCAAGAACAAGGGCGACUACAGAAGAUUUGCCGUGUUUGUCUUGCUGAAGAUUGGAACAGAAAUCUACGACACAGUCAUGGUCAAUCCGGUGGAUCGAUCCAUGACGGACAUAUGCUUCGAUGACAUUAUUGUGUUCAAUGGCAUCCCACCAAGUUUCGAUUGCAACAUGGAAGUGUACAGUCACGUGCUUCAGAAUGACCUCACGAUGGCCAGUACUCCCCGCAAGUUGAAGAGGUCGUUGCAUUCGUCCAUAUCACGGACAGUCGGUCGUAAAUUGGCAGCUUCGCUUAGGGAUGAAUUGUCAAAUGGUGAAUUAGGUCCUAAAUUUGAAAUGGUAGCUACAGCUAGGCUUCGUCUAGAGAAUGUUUCCAAUAACACAGCAACACAUGACCUCACUCUGGAAAACACAGAAAAUAGAGCCAAUCAGUUACCCCUAUUCGGUCAUUUUUGUUGUCGUCUAGCAGCUCAACCAGACUGUGCCACCCAGGAGAGAAUUGCUGGCUAUGCUCAUGUUCCCGAGAGCGAGUUCCAGAGAUCGUGGUGUCGGCUAUAUGGAUGGCAGCUGGAAGUAUGGGGGAACAAAGAAGACGUACAUCUUUCACCACACCAUCCGCUGUCACUUUCCAUUGACAGGAACACAGAAAUAUCCCUGAAUGGUGUGCGGAUAGCGUUAUCCAACACCACUGGUGUAGACAGAGGAAACCUCACACUUGUGUUAGAAUCCCCAACUGAGGCAGCAUCCUGGCACAAGUGUUUGCAACAACACAUCGCAGACCACAGACAGUGGGGAGCGGCUGCAGAGGAGGAGAUGGAAAUUUUGACCCCUCAGCCAACAAGACACAAUUUCAUCAUUCCAAGAAGAGGUAGAUUUGCAUCACUCUAUGAAGAGACGCCACUCAGAGGUGAUGGAUCACCCAGUUCUGAAAAAUCUUCCCUAGAUGAUCUGUAUGGGUCUUCAGCCUUUGUCAAUACCUACUGUACCCCAGCACAUGCAACGGCAAGACCUAGAGCAAUGACAUUAUCGUCAAGGUCUUCUUUCAGGCGCUGGGGUUCAGUAAAGUAUAACAUGCCAUUUUUCAAAAGUAAGAGUUAAUUUAUUUAGAAUAGUGUGAGACAGGUUUUGUAUAAAUUUCUGGCAGCCAUUUGUAAAUAUGUUCUGUAACACUGAAUUUCCUAUUCUUUUAGGGGUAAGUUGAUAGCUUCUCUGUCAUUUGCUCAAAACAUUGAUAUUAUGUAAUGUUAGGAAAGCAUACACACUACACUUGCCACAACCUUGCCCAUUGGUCUUAUUAUUCUUUCACGUCUGUUCCACGUACCCAUGUGACGAUGAUUACUUGGAGAAGGUUUGCUUUGUAAGGUUUAUAUCACAUCUUAAUAUUGCCAGUUUUAAAGAAAUUUGAGGUUAGUUGUUAAGAAUAGCAAGCAAUGCUGUAGUAUAUAAUAUUCUUUGUGGGAAUUUUCAUAGACUCGUGUUAAUGGGUGUUCUUGCACACAGAUGAGCUAGUGCUAGGAAUCUAAAACUUAACUCUAGGAAUUUCUUUUGUGCUUAUCAUAUAGUACCAAUAUAUUUUAUUACCAAGACAAGGGACCAAGUUUUGAUGAAUAAAAACUUCAGGCAUUCCACAUAUUUUAGUGCAAAUUUUUAUAGUGUUUUGUGGUAUGGAUGGAACAAUGCAAAUGUUUAAAGAGGAAAACUGAACCAUGUCUGAUUUGGAGAGAUUUUUGAAUGAUGGUGCAAAUAGUUUAUCUCAAAAUUUUCCUCAUUAAACCUCACAAUAUGGUGCUGAGUUUUUGUGCACCAGGGAAGAAUGAAUGAUUUGAUCUAAAUUUUAUCAUUUAUUCCAGUAACUUGCUUCUUUAUUAGAUAGUUCAUUUUUCUUCUAGAGAGGAAAUUGAGCAUUUUUCUACAGGAAUGGGCUUACAGUUGCAGCACAGUACUGAGCCAUUUGUAUUGUAAGUUGUGUGUUCAUUACUUGGAGGGAGGAAUAAUACUCUGUUCUUUGAACAGUAUUGGAUUUUAUGGGAGUUGUCUAGAAUUCUUUUGGUUUGAAUAAUUGUAGUUCAUGGUGCUCUAAUUGCAAAGCAAAAAAAUAUUGGAGAUAAAAUGUACCUACUAUAUUAGAAAUAUUUAUUUUGUCAUUAAUGAUUACGCAUCUCUCAACUCAAGAUUUUGUACAUUGUCAUAAGUACCCAUGUAAUGGCUCAAAAAAUGUGGCAGUAACCGCACUAUGAAUUUUGAUCAGGCCCUAUUUGGUUUUAAGGUAAUUAAUGAUUCAGAUUGUACUGAAAACCUAAUGGGUUCAGAUACUGUGAUUGAAUGGUUUUAAAAGACUAAUAAAUAAAAUCUUGUACAAGUUUGGAUGGCUUUGUAGGCCAGUGGCCAAGUCCUAAGUGAUAAAAAGUGGAAAAAUCUUAUUGUCAUCAGUCAGUUGUAAUUGAUGAUGGUUCACUAUAUAUAGAAAUAGAAAACACAUUGUCAAUAAAGCAAGUUUACUUAUAAUGUUAUAAGCAAAAUGAUUUGUAUGACUUAUCUCUACUAUACACUUGUUUGUCUGUCUGUAUCAUGAUAUUUGAUAUUCACACAGCCUGUCUAAUGUAUAUAUGUAUUUUAUUUAAUAUUAUAUUGGGUUAUUAGCCAUUAACCAGCUUUACAUUAUUAUUAUGUAUCUGGAAGUGAAAAGAUCAAGAUUAUGUAAAUAUGGUCGUUAAUAACAUCUAAACAACAUUUGUAUAAUUUUGAACACUGUACAAGCCAAAUUGAUCUCAUUUUGGCACUUGCUUCAAUCAUUUUUGUUUUGCUGCUUUUUGUGGACUAAAUAUUUUAUAAUAAAAGUUUCAUAAUGUACCCAU